UUAUCUCUCCCUUCCCUUAAAAGUCUUUGUAGUAUGGGGAGAGACACUACUUUUAAUACGUCAUUUACUUCUUCUUCUUCUUCAAUAGUCCAUAGUCCCAUAUACCCAUCUCUCUCUCUCUCUCUCUCUCUCUCUCUCUCUCUCCAUCGAGAUUCUCUAGCUAAACCACAUGGAGAAAAGAAUGAAGCUCCGGGUUUCAAGAAUGGUCCGGUCAUCUCUAAACUCUUGCCGACCACGAGAUCUAUACGACGUCGUUGAGACUAGUGCUGUUACAAGUCAAGCCACGUCUUCCGAGAGGUUCUUCGUUACCGAAGCUAAAACGUCCAAAACUCCAAGACCAAAGAGUCAUCAUCAUCAUGCUUUCUCUAGCCCUCAUUAUGCGUCAUCAUCGAUAUUCCCACCAAACCCUUUCUACGAAGAGAGCCGUUCGUUUCGAGAUUUAAGGAAGAAGGUCAAGACAAACAGGAAGCAAAGAUCAUCACAGUUUGGUUCUGAUCCUCUCUUCGCCUCACGUUUUAAGUCAACCGGGUCUUGGUACUGGUCUUGUAGCGAGGAAGAGGAAGAAGACGAAGGAGACAAAGAAGAAGAAAGUGAUGAUGAUUCAUCAGAAACUCUCUUUUCUUCCAGAAGCUUCUCCUCGGACACUUCUUCGAAGGCAGAGAGUUUUGCGGUGGUGAAGAAGUCAAAGGAUCCAUACGAAGAUUUCAGGACGUCGAUGGUGGAGAUGAUUGUUGAGAGACAGAUCUUUGCAGCGGCUGAGCUACAAAAGCUUCUUCAGUGUUUUUUGUCGUUAAACUCUCGUCAACACCACAAAGUUAUUGUCCAAGUCUUCUUAGAAAUUUAUGCCACCUUGUUCUCUCCCUAGCUAGCUAAUUUCUCUUAUCUACUUUUUAACAUCCUUUGCUAAAAGGUACUAUGUUCAACCUUAAUUCUUGCUUUUUAGUGUUUGGUUACUAUUUUCCACUAGAUAUGCUUUAAUUCUUUUUUUUUUCUGGUUAUCUUUGUCUUAGCCUUUUCUCUGUAUUUUUGUUGUC